GUCAGGAUCUGGACCAGAGGCCGCGCCAAGGAUAGAGGCUACGACAUCGAUAGCCUCUGCAGCGGCGGGCAGCUCGACACGGCGCACCACCGCCUCUACACCUGCAUAAGGGCACAUGUGGUCGCAGCCCGCGCUGAGAGCGAGGUCAACGCGGUAUUCGCGCGGGCGGCCAUCGACAACGAUGAGGAGAUGCGGCCGCCGCUGCAAUCUGGCGCCGAGGUACACAUGCUCGACGGCGAUGGCAACGACGCGUGGUGCACGCCUGAGACGACGUGCGACGUCCUCGGCAGCAGCGCCACCGAGCUGGAGUUCGUGCUCGACGGAUCGGGCAGCGCGCCGCCCCUCGACGCGCUGCGCCGCUUGGGCUGGGCCGCCGCCCUCCUCGACCCGCAGGGGGGCAAGCCGCUCCGGGCGACGUGCUGGGCGGUGCCUGACUCGCCCCCGCAGCGGCCGGCCAUGGCCGAGCACCUGGCGCUAGCCUUCGUCGGCAAGGCAGCGGACCGCCAUUGCGACGUCUACGCCGAUUACACGGCCGUCGUGCGUGACUCGGCCAAGCGUCCACAUGGGCAGCUCCGCCCAAGAGCUCACGAUGGUUGCGUGAAGCUGUUUGGUCAGCUGGCGCAAG